CACACCGCGGGACCAGGACACACAGCUGCUUUCCUGGAGCAUCUUUGUCUCACCUUCCAUUCGCAUCUCGCUGCACGGGUCCAGCCGCCGUCCUCUCUGCGCAGAUUCGGGCGAGCGGGGUCAUGCAGCCGGCGGUGCUUCUCGGCCUCCUGGGAGCGGCGGUGGCGGCCGCUGUCAGUUCUCUGCCAGUGGACAACAGGAACCACGAUGAAGAAAUGGUGACUCGCUGCAUCAUUGAGGUCCUCUCAAAUGCCCUGUCGAAGUCCAACGCUCCACCCAUCACCCCUGAGUGCCGACAAGUCUUGAAGAAGAGUGGCAAAGACACCAAAGAAGAAGAGAAAAGUGGAAAUGAAAACACAAGGUUUGAAGUAAGAUUGUUAAGAGAUCCAGCUGACAUCUCAGAAGCCCUCAGCCCCUCCAGUAGGGAGGAACCAGGAACCCAAGAGGAAGAGGACACCCAAGACCCAACAACGACAGAUACUGAAGGAGGUGGGCACAGUCGAGAGGGAGCAAGCGAGCCCCAGGAGAACCUCUAUGUCCCUGACAGUCAAAUCACCAAAGAAGCAAAGACACACCAUUUUGAGAAGAGCUUGGAAGAGGACAGGGAGAAGGAGGGAGAGAAAGAUCAGAAAAGGGGUCAUGGGGAAGAUGACAGUGAAGAGAAGCAGCUUGACAAGUCAGGAGAGACACAAAACACCUUUCUCAACAAAAGAAACCAGGCUACGGCUAAGAAAAAAGAAUUAGUGUCCAGAUACGACACACACUCUUCUAUGCUCUCUGAGGAAAAGACACACAGCCAGGAGAGGAGUAGCCAGGAGAGUGAAGAGGUGACAAAGAGCCAGGAGACACACCCCCAAGAGUCUAAUAGUCAACCUGGGAGCCAGGAAGAAUCUGAGGAAAGUCAGGAAGAUGCCAGUCCUGAUGUGGACAAAAGACUUUUGAGACCAAGACACCACCAUGGAAGGAGCAGACCUGACAGAUUCUCUGAAGAAGGGAAUCCUCCCUCCAAGGAAAGGUUACACUCCCUUGAGGAAUCUGAAGAGUCAAAUGUGGGCUUGGCCAAGGUAGGAAACAAGAGGGCCCACCAUCCAACCCACUACAGAGCUUCAGAGGAAGAACCUGAAUAUGGGGAAGAAGUGAGGAGUUAUUCACGUGUCCAGUCUCCUGAGGACCUACAAAGGGGACAGUAUGGAGUCAGAAGAAGUGAGGAGUACAGAGUUCUGAGGCUUCCCAGUCAAGAGAAUGAGGAAGAGGAGGCUAAGAGAAACUACCUAAGCUCAGAGCUUGAUAACAUGGCACACAGAUACAGUGAAGACAGUGAGGAGGAGGGGGCUCGUGAUGGGGGACCCCUGUACAGAGCUGGGGGAGGUGAGCCAGGUGUCUAUUCCAUGCCAGAUAAUAAAGAAGAGAAAAGUUUCUUGGGUGGAGGAUACCAUCACGCUCAAGAAAGCCAGACGGAUAAGGCAAGGAGACAUCCACAAGAUGAGUGGAAAGAGCAAGUCAGAAAUUACUUCAACUAUGGUGAAGAACUGGGUGAGGAAGGAACCCAAGCAAAAUGGCAGCAGGAGGAGGACCUGCAGGACAGUCCAGUCCCAGAGAACUGGGAGGAAGCUAGACCGCAAGGUAGACAGUAUGCUCCCCAUCACAUCACUGAGAAGAGAAAGCGACUAGGGGAGCUGCUCAGCCCAUACUAUAACCCUCCCCAGUGGAAGAGCAGCCAUUUUGAGAGAAAAGACAACAUGGAUGACAAUUUUCUUGAGGAUGAAGAGGAAAAUCGGCUGACCUUGAAUGAAAAGAAUUUCUUCCCAGAAUACAACUAUGACUGGUGGGAGAAAAAGCCUUUUGAGGAAGAUGUGAAUUGGGGCUACGAGAAGAGAAACCUUGCCCCCAGGCUGGAUCUGAAGAGGCAGUAUGACCGAGUGGCUGAACUGGACCAGCUCCUGCACUACCGGAAGAAGUCAGCUGAAUUUCCAGACUUCUAUAACUCCGAGGAGCAGAUAAGCCCUCACCACUUGACAGAAAAUGAAAAGGACAGGGCUGGUCAGAGAGUUCUGACAGAGGAAGAGGAAAAAGAACUUGAAAACUUAGCUGCAAUGGAUUUGGAACUGCAAAAAAUCGCUGAGAAGUUCAGUGGUAACCGAAGGGGCUGAUGGUUGUUGGAGCAAAGGGCAAUUUUAAGAGCAGCCCUCACAUUAUCUAUUUUCCACCACUUCUCGGAAAGACACCAUUUAUUUAUCCAAAGACAGAAUGUAGAAUUUACUAUUCAUUAAAUGUCUGAUGCAAUUGGAAAUGUUUUUAGUUUUUGCCAGAAUGCUAUUGGAAAUAUGAAUAGCACGGCUUGUAGCAUAUACUUUCUUGCAAAAUAGACAUAUUAACAUGCUUGUGAUGAUGACUGUGCAGCUGUCCUUGAAAAAACUCUCUCAGUUUGAAAUAAUAAAAGAUUCAC